AUGUAUGAGAGUGAGAGUGAUGACUCAUGGACUCCUCCACCCAUAUCUGAUGUCUGGGUUAACGAAGACAUCAUUGAUACUGAUGAGUUUGUGCCUGAACUCGAACAACAAGCCAUAUCAUUGACUUUGUCAGUUUUCAAAAACAUUGAAAGAGAAUAUAGAGAUGUGGUUCUAAAAGAUGCAUAUGAUAACUUCAAAAAUUCUAUGCGAAGUCGGAGCUGCCGGAAAGAAUACAAAUGUCCAGGAUCACUCAUGUCGGUGCCUACUCCUUUGAUGCCCUAUACUCCUUCAAGAAGAGAAAUGUAUAGACUGAAACCAACUACAGUUGAAGUGGAAACGAGAGGCGUUUUCGAAAUCCAAAAAUGUUUUCCAAUUCACAUUCAAACUUCACCGAUCUUACCUCGAAUGAAGUAUUGGGUUCAUUCAGAGAAGAACCACGAAGCUCCUGAUAACCUGCGACUGUCACAUAUUCCUCAUAUCACGGACGACUUGGAUGAUCGGGAGUUUGUAACAGACUUACGAAACAUGUAUUCUGAGGGUAUACAUGGAGCUGAUCGGGGAUGUGAGAAAUACAUCAACGAUUAUAUGUUGUAUGUGCUCCUGAAAGAAAUGCAUAAUUUGUGGAAAUUAGAGAAGUUUUAUAUUUAUAUCGCCGUUUUCAAGCUCUUUCCCAAUAAGUAUACUUACACACAGUUCCAAGAUGGAAUGUUUUUAACUUUGCAAGAUCGUUUCGAGAAACUUGAUGUCAGAUUAGCUCCUCACAGCAUGGAUUUAGUUCAAAGCCUGUUUUGUGAAGACUGCAUGGAAUAUGAUUGCUUGGUGCACAUAUCGGAGCCACCACCUAAGUUAGGUUCUCAACGGCCAAAUGUAGUAUCUGGUGUUGAGCCGAAGCAUCUAUGUUCUCAUUGGUGCUAUAAAACAUUGCCAGAGUUGGAUUUGUUGCAAGAUUUACGUUUUAAUGACAGCUUCGCUCUCCAAACUCUUUCAAAUCUAUUAAGUGCGAAGCAGCACGUUUUCUGUAGAGUCGCAAACAUCAUGAAUAAGAUUUGUGCUGAACGAGCGAUAUCUUCAAAGACAUGUGCACAGUGGUAUCGCAUAUCCAAUACAGUGAGAGGAAUACAUGAUAAUAAUAAUAAUAAAAUUAAUAAUCAUCAUAAUCAUAAUCAUCGAAGCUUGGUGUACAAUACUAACCCGAAAAGAAGCAUUUCGAAAAGUGUUUUAUUCAAAUCUGCUGCACAUCGUCGGGAACAUUAUAGAGUGUUUUGUAGGAACAUGAAUAAAGUCGAUUUUCCGAACAAAAUGAAUCCUUGUAAUCAUGCCGGUAAAUGCGACUCUGACCCCAAUUGUGAAUGCUAUAAAAAUGGUUUAGCUUGUUUUAAACAUUGCUCCUGUGACCUUGACUGCGUCGUCAAGAUGCCGGGAUGUAGUUGUGGUCCAGGAUGUUGUUCUUCUACUAAUUGUUGGUGUUUCAAAGCCAAUUUUGAGUGCGAUCCAGAUAUAUGUUUAUCUUGCAACUGCGAUCUUACUCGACCCAAAUCAGGAUACAGUUUUUGCAAAAACAUUGGCAUACAGUUAGGUCUGAAGAAAGACAUUGAGAUUGGAUUGUCUCAAAUAUCGGGGUGGGGUAUAUUUAUUCGUGGGACUGCCAACAAGGGAGAUUUGAUCUCGGAAUACACUGGAGAAGUUGUUUCGCAAAGUGAGGGAGAACGGAGAGGGCGAAUUUAUGACAAACUGUCCCUCAGUUACGUUUUCGAUUUAAAUCUAGAUGAAUCAGUGGACGCUGGGCGGUUCGGAAAUCUCAUACGGUUUGCUAAUCAUUCAGAAAGCAAACCCAACUGCGAGACUCUAAUCAAAAUAGUUAAUGGACGUCAACGAAUAGGAAUUUAUGCGAAAAGGGCCAUUCAUGAUGGGGAAGAGUUAGUGUUCGACUAUGGCUAUAAAGAGGAAAACAAGUUGUUCGUCCCAAUCGAGAUCGAGAUAGCUGAUCCUAGUAAGAAAUAUAAAAAGAAGAAAACCUCCGGUGAUCGUGGAAAUGUAAAGAAAGGACAAAAGAAAAACGGGAAUAGGAAGUAA